UGCAAUAACAGUAAAAGUUGUUUGUUCAUUCCAAAUGUCAAAUAUGUAAGUGCACCCCGUGAUACGCUCAUGUGAAUAAUUGGUUUGUCCCAUCGCUGUAGUGUUCCUUCCUGGUUAGACAGGCACUUACUUGCGACGGGGAUGUAGCAAGCUUGGAGCUGUUGGUCCUGACAGGAGGAGGAGGUAGCGCCAGAGUUGACUGCAACGAAUUAUGCGAAGAGAUGUAGGUUACUCCUCACAGGAAAUCGGUGUCGAUUAGAAAAAUCUAACAGAACUGUUGCAAACACCCGGAGCGACGCGGCAUUCAAUGGAGCAAACGGGACAAAGUGAAACCCUGUAGUCUCAUCGCAAGUAUCUUCACCGCGGCGGAAAGGAAAAUAUGUCAUCCACAGAGAACCUAUGAAGUUUUCGGAUUUUAUAUACAUAAAUUGAAUAAGAACUGCUUUGCAAUUCUUCCUAAACAUUUAUUUUUCAAGCAAACCAAACUGUCAGCCAUUCCUGUAUUAAGUAGCCUAUCCUAUUUUCCACUAGAUAAUUAGUAUAUGAAUUAGCAUUAGCCUGUACGCAAGCAGAUCUUUUACUUACGAGAUGGCUUGUAGUCUGAAAGACGAACUUCUGUGUUCUAUUUGCCUGAGUAUUUAUCAAGAUCCAGUUAGUUUCGGCUGCGAACAUUAUUUCUGCCGAAAAUGCAUCACGGAACACUGGAGCCGACAAGAGCACCAUGGGGCGCGGGACUGUCCGGAAUGCCGAAGAACAUUCGCCGACCCGCUGCUGUCUCCUAGCCUCAAGCUGUCCAACAUCGUGGAGAGGUAUUCCGCCUUCCCGCUGGAUGCCAUUCUCAACGCUCAGAGGAACUCUUAUCCGUGUAAGGACCACGAGAAAGUGAAGCUUUUCUGUCUCAGCGACAAGAGCUUGGUCUGUUUCUUCUGCGACGAACCAGCACUGCACGAGCAGCAUCAAGUGACCACCAUUGAUGAAGCAUUCGAAGAAAUCCAGAGGGAGAUGAAGGAGCAGCUGGCCACCCUGCAGGACAGUGAAGUGGGGCACACUGAGGCUCUGAAGCUGCUCCAGAGGCAGCUCACCGAAACCAAGUCCUCUGCGAAGAGCCUGCGGGCGACGAUCGGCGAGGCGUUCGAGCGGCUGCACCGCUUCCUGCGGGAGCGGCAGAAGAGCAUGCUGGAGGAGCUGGAGGCGGACACGGCGCGCACGCUCUCCGACAUCGAGCACAAGAUCCAGCGCUACAGCCAGCAGCUGCGCGACGUCAAGGAGGGCAUCCAGAUCCUGCAGGAGCGCCUCAACGACACCGACCGGCACGGCUUCCUGGAGGGCGUGGCCCUCACCUCCGAGAGAAUUAAAGGGAAGAUCCACGAAACCAACCUCACGUACGAAGAUUUCCCGACAUCGAAGUACAUGGGACCCCUGCAGUACACAAUAUGGAAGUCUCUCUUCCAGGAUAUCUCACCAGUGCCGGCCGCCCUGACGCUGGACCCCAUCACGGCGCACCAGAGGCUCAUCCUGUCGGACGACUGCACCAUCGUGGCGUACGGGAACCUGCACCCCCAGCCGCUGCAGGACUCGCCGCGCCGCUUCGACGUGGAGGUGUCAGUGCUGGGGGCCGAGGGCUUCGGGUCGGGCGCCCACUACUGGGAGGUGAUGGUGUCGGAGAAGACCCAGUGGAUGAUCGGCGUGGCCAGCGAGGCGGUCGCCCGCAAGGGCAGCAUCCAGAUCCAGCCCAGCCGCGGCUUCUACUGCAUCGUCAUGCACGACGGCAACCAGUACAGCGCCUGCACCGAGCCCUGGACCCGCCUCAACGUCAAGAGCAAGCUGGAGAAGGUGGGCGUCUACCUGGACUACCCCAAGGGCCUGCUGGUCUUCUACAACGCGGAGGACAUGUCCUGGCUCUACACCUACAGGGAGAAGUUCCCGGCCAAGCUCUUCCCCUACUUCAGCCCGGGACAGAGCCACGCCAACGGCAAGAACGUGCAGCCGCUGAGGAUCAACACGGUCCGCCUGUGAGCGGCGGGGGGGCAUGGGUGGGGAGGGAGGGGGGGUGGGGGGUGGGUGGGGCGCUAGCUAUACGGUCAUAUAAUCUAUGGGAUCUGUGCCUCGUAAUAGACAAAACCUAAAAUUGAUGUCACAAUCUAAACUGCGCAAAAGAGAAAAAAAACAGGAAAUCUUUUCUUUCAGUGCUACUAAGAGAUUGAUUUAUUCUUUUUGCAGUGUAAGGCUAGCAAGGUGUGCUGGACUCGGCUGCCUUGAAUGUGUGAAAUCCUGGCUGUUCUGGUUAGCACUGUGGUCCCCAUGCCCUGUGUGAGUUACACAUCAGACACUGUGGUCUCCAGGGCCCCGUGUGAGUUAUACCCCAGCGCUGUGUUCCCCAGGCCCUGUGUGAGUUAUACCCCAGCGCUGUGUUCCCCAGGCCCUGUGUGAGUUAUGCUUCAGUGCUGUGGUCCCCGUGCCCUGUGUGUCCCCAUGCCCACUGUGGUCCCCAGGGCACUAUUUAACUGACGGGACCCCUGCAGAACUUUAUCUGAAGCUGGUUAUUUCAGCCUGCCUCUUGUUGGCAGACGGUGUUGUGCAUUGUCAGUGAUUAUUGGGUGGACCUUGAAUUUGAACUCGCAAGCAUUUCAGGGGAAAAUGGUGUUUAACCACGGUGCCAAGCUGGGCCCUGUCAUGGAAAAGUGCUCCUUGUGUCGAUGUAGUGACUUAAGAGGACAGUGGAGAGAAGUAUAUAAGAAAAAUUGCUGCUUUCAGAAAGAGAGAUGUUCUUGCUUCGCUCAGACACAAGUGGUUGAGAAGUAGUGGCUGCUGUUGGCAUCCAGGGGGCUAAAUGUCCUGUCUUUUGCACUUGUCCUCAGCGAGUCAGUUCAUGAAAGGGUAUAGCUACUGACUCUCAUUAUCCAAUAAGCUUCUCUCUCCUAGGCAGUAAUCAACGAUUGGUUCAGUCAAGUUGCUGAUAACACAUGGUGAGUCUGCCUUUAUCUGGGCUUCAGGAAGUCUUCUUUGCAUCACUGCUGGUCAUGUCAUGUCUUUGUGUGUGUGGUUUUAAGGGAGUGAAAGCCAGUGUCUGGAUGUCCUUAUUAUGUGCUGCUACGGGGGCUGAGGUUUCUUGUUCAAAUAUUACAUGUAUUCAUAAAAAAAUUUUAAGAGGUGCAUCAAUUUUUUUACUUAACCAUUUAUUACUCUUUCUUUCAAUGUUUGUCAAUCAUUUCAAUGGAAUUUUGUGCUUUCUCUUCUUGACACUUGUAUGACAGUGUCUAAUUUAUACUGAAUCUCAUAAGAUUUACUCCCACUGUGGCUCAUAUAGAUUUAUAGUUCUGUGGCCUCUAGGCAUUGUUCAAAUUUUGAUCUAUUCCAGAUACUUUCCCUUGCAUGUAGCCUAAUGCUAUCGGUGUUGAUGCAAGUUGCCAGAGCAUUCAUGAGGCUGUGCUCAGCAUCCUGAAAACCAGGGAGUAUGAACAGAAACGGUUUGUCAUUGCUAUAAGGACAUGGUUACCUUUCAGUCUAAUUAAUGAGACCACUCUGGGUACAUCUCCCACUAAUUAAAGACAUUAUUCUUUCCCUGUUCCCAUCUUCAUUUAAAAUGCAUUGCAGGUUCUGCCACCUCAAAAGAUUAUGCCAAAUAAAUGUAUGUCAUUUUGUAUUCUUAUCUAAAUCUUUGCCACAUACUGCCCCCCCUCCCUGCCCAUAUUCCACUUAAUCAAUCUCUUGUCGAUUAAAGAAAAUAAUUUUAGGAAAUUCUCCAUUAACAUCAUGUUUUAAGUUUAGGUACUUUAUUUCCAUUCAGUAAAAUUCAAAAUAAAAAGUUUGUUACUGGGAGUUUUGAAAAAGAUCCUUUGUCAGCUUUAUGGUUGGGUAAGUUCUGUCUGCAAUAUGCCUCACUCUUGAAAGGGGAAGUGAUAAUCUACCAAAAAUAUAUCAGUCAUCAUUCUUGUAGUGAGCCUGUCGGGCGCUCCACAGUUUAAUCUUGUGUGUGUGUCUGUGUGUGUGUGUGUGUGUGGUUUUGUGUAGUGAAUUCUAAGGGCUGUCAUUUCCAUUUAGCAUAUUGGAGCUGGCUGCCACACUCUGCCAAAAGAGAUACAGAGAAACAGCACACCUCCUCUUGCCUAUCAGUCCGUAUAACAGUGUGUCAGUUUCCCGUUUUGAAAAAGGCGAAGCCGGCUGUGUCAUCGAUGUUAGUUGUUAUACUUCCUUGCAGUGCUCGGUUUUUCAGCCAGAGAGGUUCUGUUUCUGUCUCUUCCCUUUCUGGCUCGGACAUAUCACUACACGCGUGUGAACUUUGCCCUCUGGUGUGGCAGGAGGCUAAUGAAAAUGUUCAAUUUUAAUGUACAAAUAAAAUUAUUGUAAAACUU